AUGUCAACAACAAAUUCUACACACAAAACAUCUUGGCGACAUCGUCGUUUUUUGCGUUUUUUUCGACGUGAAAAACCAUCAAUGAUUAAUAUACCAUAUUCAUAUCAAUAUAUGAUGCGUUUUCCACGAUUGCCUAUUACAGUCCCACCACUUGUUCCGACAUUAAUGUCUUAUCGAUGUAUUGAUUCUUUAAAUACUUGUUUUCAACAACAAAAAAAUAAAACAAGUUAUGAUUUUUGUUUAUGUCGUGGAGGUUCUGGUAUUUUAGCUAAAAGGAAUGAUGAUGAUGAAUGUGAAUCAUUACCAAAAAAACAUUCAAAUGAUAAUCAUUAUCAACAACAUAUACGUCGACGUUUACCAAAACGUUAUAGUGAUAUAGUUGGUCCAUCAUCAAAUAAAAUUUAUCUUCCAAAACGAGAUUCAAUUAAUCGAAAUAAACAAACAAUAAAUUCUUUAUUACAAUAUAAUCAUCAACAUACAUCAUUUAAAAAAAAAUCUAAUGAUGGUUUAUAUAUAAUUAAUUCAAAUAAUAAAAAAUCUAUUGAUCUAUUAUCAUCAUCAUCAUUAUCAAAAACAGAUAUAAAAAAUCAUUCAAUUGUUACACGUCGAUAUAAUAGUAAAAAUAAAUGUUUAUUAAAAACAAAUGCUGUUGAUCUUCUUGCACAUCGUAUGCAAGCAGCUAUGAGUACAGAAUUAAUGCAUUCACUUGAUAGAAAUUUUGUUUUUGGUGAUAAAAAACAAUUAACAAAUUAUUCAAAUAUUAAUCGUUCACAAUCAUUUCAUAUAUCAACAACAUCAUUUGAUCAAUGGCAAGAUAAAUCAUUAGAAAAAGAACAUUUCUAUCAUGUUAUACCACGUAUAAAACAUCAUUUAGAUGAUGAACAAAAAUCUAUUGAAACAAUAUCAUCAUUCGAUGAAUUAACACCUGAUUAUGAUGAUGAUAUUAUUAUUCGACGAAUAAAUAAUAAUAAUAAUAAUAAUGAUGAUAUUGAUGAAGAACCUAUUAUUGAUUAUGAUGAUUCAAAAUCAAUAUUAAUUCAUAAUAUUGAUGAUAAAUUAAUAACACCUCCAACACUUUAUGAUCUUGGAGUUACAUCAUCUUUUAUUGUUCAACAAACAUCUAUAACACCAAGUAGUGAAACUUUUACACAAGAACAAUCAUCAAUACCACCAACACCACCACCAUUACCAAAUAUAACAACAAUACAACAAAAGAAAUUAACAUUUCGUUGUCGUACUAUUGCUGAUAGAAUAACAGCUGAUCAUAAACUUAUUUUAAAAGAUGAUAUAGAAACAAUAACAGAAGUUCCAGAAGAAAAAUCAUUAGUUCCUCAAAUUGAAGAAGAACAAUCAAAAACAUCUUGUCCUAGUUCAAGUGUUACAUUAAAACCUUGUUAUUUACAUUUAUCAAAAGAAAUAUUAGAAAAAACAACUUUACGUAAAGUUUCUCAUCCAAUUUCACGUUCAUAUUCAACUUAUGGUUCAAUGUCACAAUUAAAUGAUCAUGAUACAGAAUCAACAACAUUACAUGGUAAAACUUCAAUUAUUAAUGAACAAUCUCUUGAUGGUUUAUCAUCAUCAGCAGAUACUUCAAUUAUUAUUGAAAAUGAAUAUGAUCAUCGAACAUCAUCUAAAAUUUAUAAUGAUUAUAAACGACGUACAUCAUCAAUAACAAUACCAAAAACUAAUACAUUAAAUAAUAAUUAUAGUCAUUCAGCUAUAAUACAUCCAAUGCAUACACAUAUUGGUGUACGUUCAUCAACAACAUCAUCAUCAUCAAAUGAUAAAUUAAAUGAUAAUACAUUAUCAAAUAAAAAAAUGAAUCUUUGUGUUAUUAAUCAACUUAAUGAACAUUUAUCAACACGUUUUCGUCAACAACAACAACAACAACAACAACAAGAUAUAUGUUUAACGAAAAAUAAUAAUAAUAAUGUUCUUUUAGAAAAUACAACUAAUCAUCAAAGUUAUGAUUCACCACCUGAACAAAGAAUAGAUGACAUUCAAACAAAUCUAUAUGAUGAACCUCAUCAUAUUGAAAUAACAAAUUCAUCAACAAUAAAAUGUUCUGAUAUACCAACAUCUUCAAUACCACUACCACCACCACCACCACCACCACCACCAUUACCAAUUGGUGGUUUUCGGCCAGUUCUAUCACAAUUAAAUCGUUCAUUAAGUUCUCAACGAACAUCAAUAAUGACAUUACCACGUGAAACAAAUAGUUCUGAACGUGGAUGUAGUACAGGUACAUCAACAACUUCAAGUAAAUUAUCUGAUGCACGAAUACUUCGAGAAUUACGUACAAAUCCAUUAUUUGCAAAAGCUAAACAACAUCUUGAAAUAGAAUCAGAUUUAAAUAGUCGACAAACAGCAAAUGAAUCACCAUGUUAUGUAAGACUUGAUAAAUGUUCGAAAGGUAUUUUAUCAACAAUUGAAAAUAAUAAUUCAAAUGAAUUAUUAAACAAUAAUAAUAAUAAUAAUAAUAAUACGAAUGUAGAAACAUUUAUAAUGCGUCCUGAUGAAUUAAAUACAAUUAUGAAUAAUACAAUAAAACAAACAAAAUUAUUGAACAGUACAACAAAAGAUCUAAAUCAAAUUAAUUCAAGAACAUUGAUGAAAUCCUUUCAACAAAAACAAUGUCGACAAUCAGAACUUGAACUUAUAUUUCAAAAACGUGCACAACGCAAUGAACAAAAUCCGACAUGA